UUUCAUAACAGAACGAAUAGAUGUAUCUUAAAGUCAUAAUCGUAAUCCAAUUAGGAAGAUAACAUUGAGUACAAACAAGUGUCAGCUAGGUUGUAUAGCUAAAUACUUAAAGGUUUAGUUGCCUUUCGCACAUAUCAACGAAGUUAGUUUGUGGUUAAUUAAAAUGGUGUUUAGAAAAAGAGUGUUGGAUUUACUGCAAACCAUCACAUCCACUUCCUGUAAAUGCCCAGCACAUUCAAAUGGAGCGGUGGUUCAUUCAAGUUCAAAAGCUUUACCUUCUAAGGACUAUGCAUUUGAGAUGGCUUCAUCGACAAUCCGGUACGGCAAAGGUGUUACUAAAGAAAUUGGUAUGGACAUGGUGAAUUUAAAAGCGAAGAAGGUGUGUGUUAUGACAGAUCCAUAUCUAGCCAAAUUAGCACCUGUAAAAACUACAAUAAAUUCACUUACGAAGAACGGAGUUAAAUUUGAAGUUUAUGAAAAUGUACAGGUGGAGCCGACUGAAGAAAGUUUAUUAGAUGCCACGAAAUUUGCAAAGUCUGGAAAUUUUGACGCUUUUAUAGCGGUAGGAGGAGGAUCAGUAAUGGAUACUUGCAAAGCUGCCAAUUUAUAUCUUUGUGACAGAGACGCUGAAUUUUUGGACUACGUCAAUGCUCCGAUCGGCAAAGCAAAACCUGUAACUGUGCCUCUAAAGCCACUUAUUGCAAUUCCCACCACGUGCGGAACUGGUAGUGAAACAACUGGCGUCAGUAUUUUCGACUACAGACCUCUGCAAGCAAAAACUGGCAUUGCAAGUAAAGCUUUGAGACCGCUACUUGGGAUCAUCGAUCCCUUACAUACUUUAUCCUUACCUGAAAGAGUGACUGCUUACAGUGGCUUCGACGUAUUUUGUCACGCUUUGGAGUCAUUCACUGCCAUCUCGUACGAUGAACGGUCUCCGUGCCCAGAAAACCCUGGUUUACGCCCAGCAUAUCAGGGAAGAAACCCAGUUUCCGACGUUUGGGCACGUUACGCUUUGCGGGUUAUUCAGAAGUAUUUCGAAAGGGCAGUGUAUAACCCUGAUGAUAUCGAGGCCCGCGCUGAAAUGCAUUUGGCAUCGACGAUGGCAGGUGUUGGAUUUGGAAAUGCUGGUGUACAUUUAUGUCACGGACUGUCAUAUCCUAUAUCUGGCAAUGUUAGGGAUUUCAAACCAGGCGGAUAUAGCGACGAUCAUCCAAUAAUUCCACAUGGUUUAUCGGUAGUUAUGAGUUCACCCGCAGUGUUUGAAUUUACGGCUUCGGCUAGCCCGGAACGCCAUUUAGAAGCCGCUGAAUUAUUAGGGGUUGACAUUCGAAAUGCAAAGAAAGGAGAUGCUGGUACAAUUUUAUCCGAUACUUUAAGAAAAUAUAUGAGCAUUAUGAAAAUAGAGAAUGGAUUGAGCGCGUUGGGUUUCAUAAAAGACGAUAUCCCGCAAUUGGUGAAAGGAACUCUUCCACAGAACCGAAUAACGGAAUUGGCACCAAGGGAACAGUCUGAGGAGGAUUUAUCAAACUUAUUUGAAAAAUCAAUGACAGUUUAUUGAGUACUUAAUAAAACUGUAUUCAAUACUUCACAGUAUCUACAAUACAUCUGACUAUAAUUAUUACAGGAAAUUACGUACAUCAAAAGCCAUGAUAUUUCUCAAUAGCAUGUUUGUGCACUGAACAAUACUGCAAUUAAUUAAAAUAACCUAAAAAUCAGAAUUUGAUAAUUGCUAAAAUUGUUAAUAAUUUGUGCAAAAAAUAAAAGAAUUCUUGUUCUAAUUUUGUGCAUGUUUUAAAAACCACUGUUUUAGGAUUUUCUGUACUUUUGAUGCGACAUAUGUUGUCCGUAGUAUUUUUGCCUCCUGAUCACGAAUCCGGUGUCAGAAUUGAGCUAACACAUCACAGGAAUUUCUUAACCUCAA